AUGGAGAUUUGGUUACCUAUAGCAGGCUCGAAUUACUUUAUUUCUAAUAUUGGACGCAUCAAAAAUAGAAAUGGCAGGAUUUCAGAAGGAAGUAUUUUGAAAGGAAAUGGUUAUAUACGAGCAAAUAUUAAUAUCAAUGGACUUAGUACAAAACCUUAUAUUCAUAGACUUGUUGCAGAAGCAUUUAUUUCCAAUCCAGAAAAUAAGCCUUAUAUUAACCACAAAAAUGGUUAUAGAGAUGACAAUCGAGCAGAUAAUUUGGAAUGGGUAACUCCUAAAGAGAAUGCUGAACGUAAGGUAUUCCCAAACCGUGGUCGUGGCAGAUCCAGAAAAAUUGUUCAGAAAACUUUGAAUGGAAACGUUGUUCAAAUUUGGGAUUCAAUAACUCUUGCAGGUUAUGCACUUAAUAUUUCGAGAAACCAUAUUUCGGCAUGUUGUAGUAGAAAGCGAAAUAUCACUGGUGGUUGGCGUUGGAUGUAUUAUGAAGAUUAUAUAGAACAAGGCCCUAAUGAAGAAUGGAGAGAAAUAGAGGUUAAUUUACGAAAAUUUAAAGUUUCAUCUCUCGGAAGAAUUCAGUUACGCAAUGGUUUAAUCUCUCGAGGAUCAUCGCACUCAGGGUACCUCCGAGUUGAGAAAUAUUAUAUUCAUCGGUUUGUAGCAUUAGCAUUUUGUCUAAAAGAACAAGGAAAAGAUUAUGUAAACCAUUUGGACGGACGUCCCACUAAUAAUAAAGCUUCGAAUCCUAAAUGGUGUACCCCGAAAGAAAACUCUCAGCACGCUGUUCACCUCGGACUUUGGGGUCAUUGUCAUCGACGUGCCGUCAAACAGGUUUUUGACGAUGGUUCUACUCAAGAAUUUCAAUCCAUAUCUGAAGCACAACGCAUAACUGGAAUUGAUGGGUCAUAUAUUGGAAAAGUUUGCAAAGGACGUAAAGCUCGUGCUGGUGGAUACCAUUGA